AUGCCCGCAGAAGCUAUAAAAUACGUUACCAAGGUCGACUUGGAUAAGCCCGGAGGAGAACAGCCACAGGUCCACAAUAGAUGGCACCCUGAUGUUCCAUCUACUGUGACUAUCAAGCCUGGAGAGGUUGUAAAGGCUGAGUGUUUGGACUGGACAGGAAACCAGAUCGGGAACAAUGACAGUGCUGACGAUUUGCGCCAUGUGGACUUGACCCGGAUUCACUAUUUAUCUGGACCUUACAAUAUCGAAGGAGCCAAACCUGGGGAUGCUUUGGUUGUGGAAAUCAAGGAUGUGCAGCCUUUGGAGAGACAGCCAUGGGGUUACUGUGGUGUUUUCCACAAGCAAAACGGUGGAGGUUUUUUGGAUAAGUUCUAUGGCGAAUGUGCCAAGGCCAUCUUCGACUUUCACGGUAUCCAUGCUACCUCAAGACACAUUCCCCACGUCAAGUUCACGGGAUUGGUGCACCCAGGUAUCAUGGGAACCGCUCCAUCAAUGGAAGUUUUGGAGGAGUGGAAUGCUAGGGAAAAGAAAUUGGUUGAUGAUAUCCAGGGUCAGCACGACACCGCUGUUGCUCAAUUGCCCCAAACCAAAGGUGCUAAUAGCGGGCAGGCUACUGGUGACUUGAAGGAAAGGAUCGCCAAAGAAGGGGCAAGAACAAUUCCCGGCCGGCCUGAACACGGAGGCAAUUGCGAUAUCAAGAACCUCUCUCGUGGCUCAAAAUGCUACUUCCCAGUGUACGUCGAGGGUGCCAAGUUCUCGAUUGGCGAUUUGCACUUCUCUCAGGGCGACGGAGAAAUCUCCUUUUGUGGAGCAAUUGAAAUGGCUGGCCUCGUCACGCUCUCGUUCUCCAUCAUCAAGGACGGAACCAAGAAGUUGUCCUUGAAGAGCCCCUUGUUCAUGCCAGGUGAUGUUCAGAACCAGUAUGGACCUGCCAGAUACCUCACAUUCGAAGGUUUUUCCGUUGACGAAACAGGCAAGCAGCACCAUUUGUGUGCAAAUACAGCAUACCGCCAGGCAUGCGUCAGAGUCAUCGAAUACUUGAGAAGGUUUGGCUACAACGACUAUCAGAUUUAUUUGAUUUUGUCUUCUGCACCCAUCGAAGGUCACUUGGCCGGUGUUGUCGACGUCCCAAACGCCUGCACUACCCUUGGCCUUCCUAUGGACAUCUUCGAUUUUGACAUUUCUCCCGAGGCCGAGAUUCAGAAGAGGGAUAUGGGCAACUGUGCUUUUGUGCUGGGUACCGACCACCCAGUUCAUUUUGACUACGACUCAUUGAAAUAG